GGGGCCUGGACCCUGGAGUUAUGACCGUCUGCCGCCUGGCCGCCUGUCCUCUUCACGGCUGUGGACACUUACGGUGAAGCCACAGGGGAAGGUCAUCAUGCCGACCGUCAAAAGCAAGAAGAAGAAACCAAAGAAGGAGGUCAGUGAUGCAGCGGAGCACGGGGAAGGCGUGGAGGUGGAGAUGGAGGAGGUGACCAACAGAGGCCACUCAGACAGCAGAGACCCUUUGACCCCAGAGCCCCAGGACCCAGCACCACAGAAGAAGAAGAAGAAGAAGAAGAUCGCCACUAUCGACCAGGAAGGAGAGGCUGCAGACAUUCCUAACGGUGACACGGCAGAGCAAAUCACCGAAGGCGAAGAAACAACCACAACUGUGACCAGGAAGACUAAAAGGAAGAGAAAGGCAAAAGCGAUCGAGCACUACAGCAACGAGCUGGGAGCCGAAGAUGACGACAUCGUCACGGACGUGCAGACGUCGAUCCCCCAGCAUUCCCUGUUCUCCGCCCCGCAUGGACACAGCCAGCCGGUCGGCAGAGUCUUUGUGGAGAGGAACAGGCGUUUCCAGGCAGAGCGAGUGGAGCAGCUCCGUCACUCGGAGCUGAUGGACGAUUACAUGGAGGUCAGACAGAUGUGGACCACCAGAGAUAUCGCCAUGAGGGUCCACGGCGGCUUCAGGGUGAUUGGUCUGUUCUCUCAUGGCUUCCUGGCGGGCUACGCGGUGUGGAACAUCAUCGUUGUGUACGUACUGGCCGGGGAUCAGCUGACCACCCUGCCCAACCUGCUGCAGCAGUACCACCCGCUGGCCUACCCGGCCCAGUCCCUGCUUUACCUGCUGCUGGCCAUCAGCACUGUCUCUGCGUUCGACAGGGUGAAUCUGGCCAAGGCCUCCAUGGCCCUGAGGGGGUUCCUCACCCUGGAUCCUGCAGCUCUGGCUUCCUUCUUGUAUUUCAUAGCUCUGAUCCUGUCCCUCAGUCAGCAAAUGACCAGCGACCGCAUCAACCUCUAUCCCACAGCCAACGACACCCUAUGGCCUCCAGGUUCGGAGCACCAGAUCCUGCAGCCCUGGAUCGUAGUUAACCUGGUGGUGGCGCUGCUGGUCGGCCUGGCCUGGGCCUUCGUCUCCACACGGCCCGAACUCGACUACACAGAGGAUUUUUUGAUGACAAUGGAAGUGGAAGGAUACCCGAGAGGAGACGAGAACCUGGACGUCCAGGCCUGACCACCUCCUCGCUCUCUCUGUCUGUCUGUCUGUCUCUCUUUCUCUGUCUGUCUGUCUUUGUCUGACUUGCCAGCUGGUUUCAGAUCAGUUUUGUUCCUGUGUAAUGUAUUUUUUUGUAUUGCGUGUCACAUAGUUUGUGAUUUUGUAAAUAAAGGAGCACAGAACA